AUGGCUCUUCAUAAAACUAUUGUCCUCUAUAAUUCACUGGCAGGUGAUUACCAUUACUCUGCUCGUUUGAUGCGUGCUGAAGAUAGAAACAUAUUGGAAAGCAUCUGGCGCAAAGUCACGGGCAGGCAACUGGCAGCAGUUAUAGUCUCUGGAGCUGCACACGUUCAACAUGGUGGUUCAAAUUGUAGUGUUUACGUAUGCCUUUACGCGGAACGUCUGUGUAUAGAAGAGUGCGCUGUUCAGGAAGAUGCUACAGCGAUGUUUUUGUCUGCUUAUCGUCAAUACAUUAAACAUAGGAUAAUGAGUAAUGCGGAAUUUUAUCGAAGUAGCAACGGAAUUAGACAAAUUGUGCAUACGGAUGUCAACGCUAAUGUGUGUUUCUGUCAGUCAAAAACUAUUGUAGUUUCAGUAUGGAAAUGGAAAGCGUGCCUGAAUGAUGAAGCUAUAGACGCUAUCAUCAAUAUCGUUGCACAUGGAACAGUUUUCUUCUGCCUAGAUCCGUGUCUGAUUCAGACCUUGGAGUCUUACAGAAUGUCAUCCUAUCCAUUGGCGAGUGAUGAGCUUCUUUUUCUAUUUAACAUAAGAAACCGGGCACAUUGGGAUCUUGCAUGGCUCUUCAUAAAAUCAAGAGUUCAGGGCAAUCAAGAGUUUUGA